CAGAUCCAGGGCCUCCCGCACAAUGCUGGUGGUCCUGCUGACAGCGGCCCUGCUGGCCGUGAGCUCAGCUUGGAGCUCAUAUGAAGGGGUCAUCUAUGAAGACUCUUCCUCCAUAGCAUCAGACUUUGAGGACCAAGGCCAGGGCUUUGCUCUGGUCCCUGAGAUUCAACGCGAUGGUGACGAUGAAGAUGAAGGCGAUGGGGAAGAUGAGGCUGAUGAAAAACCUGAGAAACCACCCAAGCCACAUCCUCGGCCUCCUCCUCCUGGAGCGCAUCCAAGACCACCCCAGGAAGGAGGCCAACCAAAGCCUCCUAAACCGCCUCGUCCAGAAAAACCUCAGGAACCAGAAGAAGGAGGCGAGAAACAGAAUCGCCAGGCUCGUUCCUUAAAUAAGCAAGGAGGUCCUCCACCUCCUCCCCCUCCUCCGCCUGGAAAACCGCCGGGUCCACCCCCACCAGGAGGCCCUCCGAAUCGCCCACCUCGUUCCGCAAAGAAGCAAGGUCCACCCCCACCAGGAGGUCCUCCACCUCCUCCCCCUCCUCCGCCUGGAAAACCGCCGGGUCCACCCCCACCAGGAGGCCCUCCGAAUCGCCCACCUCGUUCCGCAAAGAAGCAAGGUCCACCCCCACCAGGAGGUCCUCCACCUCCUCCCCCUCCUCCGCCUGGAAAACCGCCGGGUCCACCCCCACCAGGAGGCCCUCCGAAUCGCCCACCUCGUUCCGCAAAGAAGCAAGGUCCACCCCCACCAGGAGGUCCUCCACCUCCUCCCCCUCCUCCGCCUGGAAAACCGCCGGGUCCACCCCCACCAGGAGGCCCUCCGAAUCGCCCACCUCGUUCCGCAAAGAAGCAAGGUCCACCCCCACCAGGAGGUCCUCCACCUCCUCCCCCUCCUCCGCCUGGAAAACCGCCGGGUCCACCCCCACCAGGAGGCCCUCCGAAUCGCCCACCUCGUUCCGCAAAGAAGCAAGGUCCACCCCCACCAGGAGGUCCUCCACCUCCUCCCCCUCCUCCGCCUGGAAAACCGCCGGGUCCACCCCCACCAGGAGGCCCUCCGAAGCCCAGUGGCCCGCCUCCUCCUCCUCCAAACUAACAGGGUCCACCUCCGAGACAAGAGAAUGAAUGAGAAGGUGACGUCCUUCAGAAAAUCUCCCCAUUGGAACAAUGCAGUCCUAUCUGCAUCAUCGAUGUUCUAAUAAAAUAAUCAGCAUGCCAUUUCUGACUGCAGUGUUUCUCUCUCUUAUUCUGGUGAAUUUUGAAUUUCACAACCAUUGUUAACC